CCCGAGCCGGGCGUCAUGGGCCCCGGGCCCCCGGCGGCGGCGGCCCCGCGGGCGCUGUCCCUGGUCGCGCGGCUCAGCUACGCCGUGGGCCACUUCCUCAACGACCUGUGCGCCUCCAUGUGGUUCACCUACCUGCUGCUCUACUUGCACUCGGUGCUCGCCUACAGCUCGCGGGGCGCCGGCCUGCUGCUGCUGCUCGGCCAGGUGGCCGACGGGCUGUGCACGCCCCUCGUGGGCUACGAGGCCGACCGCGCCGCCGGCUGCUGCGCCCGCUACGGCCCACGCAAGGCCUGGCACCUGGUCGGCACCGUCUGUGUCCUGCUCUCCUUCCCCUUCAUCUUUAGCCCAUGCCUGGGCUGCGGGGCCACGACGCCCGAGUGGGCUGCCCUGAUCUACUACGGGCCCUUCAUCGUCAUCUUCCAGUUUGGCUGGGCCGCCACGCAGAUCGCGCACCUGAGCCUCAUCCCCGAGCUCGUCACCAACGACCACGAGAAGGUGGAGCUGACGGCUCUCAGGUACGCCUUCACCGUGGUAGCCAACAUCACCGUCUAUGGCACUGCCUGGCUCCUGCUCCACCUGCAGGGCUCCCCACACAUGGGGCCCACCCAGGAAGUCAGUGACCAGCUGGGGGUCCAAGAUGUGCCGGUGUUCCGGAACCUUUCCCUGUUGGUGGUGGGCAUCGGAGCCAUCUUCUCGCUGCUGUUCCACCUGGGCACCAGGGAGUGGCGCCAGCCGCGGUUGGAGGAGCCAGACGAACACAGCCCUCUGCUGACCCCGGUGGCCCGGCCCUUGCUGCUCUGGAAAGACUGGCUUCGGGAGCCGGCCUUUUAUCAGGUGGGCCUGCUGUAUAUGAGCACAAGACUCAUCGUGAACCUGUCCCAGACGUACAUGGCCAUGUACCUCACCUACUCCCUCAAACUGCCCAAGAAGUUCAUCGCGAGCAUUCCCCUAGUGAUGUACCUCAGUGGUUUCUUCUCCUCAUUCCUCAUGAAGCCUAUCAACAAAUGGAUCGGGAGGAACCUGACCUACUUCACUGGCCUCCUGGUGAUCCUUGCCUUCUCAGCUUGGGUGGCGCUGGCCAACGAGCUGGGCUUGGCUGUGUACGUGGUGGCCGUGCUGCUGGGCGCAGGCUGUGCCACCAUCCUCGUCACUUCGCUGGCCAUGACGGCUGACCUCAUUGGCCCCCACACGCACAGCGGAGCCUUUGUGUAUGGCGCCAUGAGCUUCUCAGAUAAGGUGGCCAACGGGCUGGCAGUUAUGGCCAUCCAGAGUCUGCAUCCCUGUGUCUCGGAUCUCUGCUGCACCGCCUGCGUGGCAUUCUAUCACUGGGUGAUGGUGGUGGUGACGGGCGGCGUGGGCGUGGCCGCCACCCUGACCCUCUGCAGCCUCCUCGUCUGGCCCAUCCGCCUGCGAAGCUGGGACCCUGGAACCCAAUCCUGACACUGGUGCCAGCAGGGCUGUGUGCUUCUAUGCAAAUACAACCAGGCUUAUGCAGAUUGUAUCUUGAGGGAGCUUCCAGAAGAGGUCUCCUCCAUCUGACUAUCACCUCAAUCCCCAGCCUCCCACCUUCACUUGGCCCUGGGCUUAGUGAGGGCAGGAUUGGGAGACUGGUGGCUUGUCCCUGUGGGGUGGGGACACCUAGUCAGCUUCUGAUACCCAGCGGCCUGCGAGUAUUUAGGGUUUGGGGGUCCCUGCUCCCCUCUCUGAUCCUUUCCCGGCUCUCUAGAUUGGGUGCCCCUCGUCUCCCAGGAUCAUGGGGGUCAGGAGGGGAGGGCCCCCAAUGAGGCCAGGGGUUGCCCUGGGCCUGCCUGCAGCUCACCCCUUCCCUUCUGCCCAACUGGGGUCUCCCCACAUUCUGCUGGCCGGGCUUCCUCCCAGGGACCUAUGGCAGGGUCGUGGGCUGGGCCUGGACCGCAGCCGUGGCGGGCAGCAGGACUGCCCAGUGGCCUGGAGGGCCCAUUGGGGCACGGAGACUCUAAGACAGUGAAUAAAGUGUCCCCCAUGGGCCAGGACUGUGGCCUCGGCUCUUGUCUACCAGAGACGGAGUGGGGUGACCCUGGGCAUCCCAGCCUCCUUUCAGAGGCUCUGUUUCCACCCCCACCCCCCGCCGCCUUUGGUCCCCUGGGACUUGUAACUCCUUGCC